AUGUUUACCCCUGCAUCUGUAUUCAACAUUGACAAAUGUGCAGGCUCUUGGGAUGGAGUGAAUGCAUCAAUUCACAACUACUCAAUCCAGUCCCUUGUACAUCCUAAUAAGACAAUAUUGCUUUUCACUUCUCCAGGAAGUGAAGUUCUCUUCAACCGGAAUGCAACUGUUUUUGCUUGGGCUAGAGGAAUAAACCCCGUAAGUGCUGUAUUCAGCAUUGGAAAAAUGGUCUCUAAGGAUGAGUUCUAUGAACUCAUGACAAGACAAAAAGCCACUACUGAUGUUACUACUGUCAAAGGCUCUCAGAUCAUUGCAUUCUCUGGUUUCUCUUCUGAUUCAAACAUUAUCAAGGUUCAUCUUUACAAUAUUUCUGCCUGUCAAGUUGAGAUUGAUCUGUGUGAUCCUCUCAUACAUGCUAUAGAGCCUUAUAGUAAAGUCAUCUAUGUUUGUGCUUAUGUAGCUCAGUAUGGACAGUUACAUGGCAAGGCUGCAGUGUUCUUGAAUAUUUCAGCUCUGUCUCUAAUCCACCCACUACAGUCUUUAAUUUAUAUUGGAGAAUGCUUCAACGCUUCCAUAUUGACCUGUUUUAAGACUAUGCUUGACUAUUGUUGUUACUGCCAACAGGAGGAACAUCUGAUUUUGGCUUGCUCCACAUGCUCACCUCAUCGAUUCUAG